AUGGCUUACCGCAACGGCGCGCCCCAGUCGGGUCACUCCCAGCUCCCACAGGCCCGUGCGCUUCCCCAGGUGCAACAGCCCACCAACCAGAUGGCAUAUGGCGCUCAAUAUGCUGCUCCUAUGGGAUACAACAUGAACCCGGCAAACAACCACAGCCCCGUCGCAUACGGUUACAGUGCUGCUGGUCAAGGCGGCUUUGCUCAAAGUCAAGCUUACGCACAACAAGCAUCCGCCGCACAACAAUACCAAGGUCCUGCUCACCUCCAGGCGCAGAUCCACCAGGCUGCCAUCGCAGCACAGGCUCAAGCGCCGCCCUCUCAACUCCAGCACCCCGCCAUGUCGCAAGCUGCACAGCUUCAGCAGCAGCAGAUCGCCGCUUCCCAACAACACCACGGUCUUCAAGCCCCAAAUUCAGGAUACAUGCAGCGUGCGCCAGGUGGCUCGCCCAUCAACAGAUCUCCUUCCCCUUCCGCCCGUCCUCUCAACGCCGCGCCAAGGAGCCCACAAUACGGUCAAGCACAGACCUACUCACAACAACAGCAGCAACAGCAAUACUACCAACAGCAACAGCAGGCCCAUCAGCAACAGCAGCAACAACAACAGUACACUCAAGCCGGUGGGUCAACCUCGCCAAAUCUUUCCAACGACAAGCCCGCAGACUAUGUCUACUUUGAACGCUCGACAAACGGCAUGCAAAAAUCCACCAUAGAGGCUGCCACAGGCGCCAAGCUCAAGCUCGAAAACUUCUACAAGGUCUACGUGGAGCAGGCCGUAGAGCGUAUCAAGCGCGCUGCCGAGCUCGAGGACCGUCUCACCAACCCACCCGACGGCGUACACCUCUCCGACGAGCGUAAAGCGCGUCAGCUCGCACAGCUUGGCCGCCGCGAGUCCAACUUCUUGCGUCUACGCAGAACCAGGCUCGGCUUGGACGAUUUCCGAACCGUCAAGGUCAUCGGCAAGGGCGCCUUUGGUGAGGUGCGACUCGUCCAGAAGACCGACACGGGCAAGAUCUACGCCAUGAAGACGUUGCGCAAGAGCGAGAUGUUCAAGAAGGACCAGCUGGCUCACGUUCGAGCAGAGAGAGAUGUGCUUGCCGAGAGCAACUCGCCGUGGGUCGUCCAGCUCUACUAUUCGUUCCAGGAUACCGCCUACCUCUAUCUCCUCAUGGAGUUUUUGCCAGGAGGAGAUCUCAUGACCAUGCUCAUCAAGUACGACACCUUUUCUGAAGACGUCACCCGCUUCUACAUGGCCGAGUGUGUCCUCGCGCUCGAAGGCAUUCACAAGCUUGGCUUCAUUCACCGUGAUAUCAAGCCAGACAACAUCCUCAUCGAUGCAAAGGGCCACAUCAAGCUGUCCGAUUUCGGUCUUUCCACGGGUUUCCACAAGCAGCACGACUCGGCCUACUACCAGCGUCUGUUUGAGGGAACCGCCGGUCAGAACCCUGCUCAGACGGGCCGCAACUCGGUCGCGGUCAACUCGAUCAACCUCACCCUGUCGUCCAAGGACACCAUCGCUACCUGGAAAGCCAACCGAAGGAAGCUCGCCUACUCGACCGUCGGAACGCCCGACUACAUUGCGCCCGAGAUCUUCUUGCAGCAAGGCUACGGCAACGAAUGCGACUGGUGGAGUCUGGGUGCCAUCAUGUUCGAGUGUCUCUGCGGCUACCCGCCCUUCUGCUCCGAAAACGCGCACGACACCUACCGCAAGAUCUUGGCGUGGCGUGAGACGCUUCAGUUCCCAGACGACAUUCACCUCUCGCCCGAAGCCGAAGACAUGAUCCGUCGACUCAUCACCGCUCCCGAGAACCGACUGGGUCGCAACAGCGCAACCGAGAUCAAAGACCACCCCUUCUUCGCCGGAGUAGACUGGUCCACCAUCCGUCAGAUCGACGCACCCUUCAUCCCGCAGCUCAAGAGCAUCACCGACACGAGCUACUUCCCCACAGAAGACUACCAGGACGUGCCCGAGACACCGGCGGGCGCAGACAUCGGCGUCGGAAGCAAGGACCUCGCUUUCCUCGGCUACACGUACAGGAGGUACGAGAGCAACGAGACCGUCUUGUAA